UUGACUCUGACUCCCAUGGCGGCGCAGCUUAUCGUGCACAAUGGGAGCUGCCUCUGCGGCGCGGUUUCGUUCAGGCUCGAGGGAAAACCGCUGUUCAGCUUGUUUUGCCAUUGCACGAGAUGUCAACGCGCUGAUGGCGCUGUCUUCGUAGCCACGAUGCACUUUUCUUCCGCUGCUUUCUCGUGGACAUAUAACGGCGAAGACGUCAAACCUCUGGUCGAAGACAUGGGCGACCUGACGCUCUAUCGCUGCGAAAAGUGCCGCUCUUGUGCCGCCACUCGAAUGGGCCCUGUCGACAGCAACGACAACUGGGCCAUCCGCGGCUCGCAUCUGGAGCGCGACGAGCAGGGAAAAAUUAUCGACUUCGAGAGCGUCAAACCGACUUGCCAUAUUUUCUAUGACACGCGCAUCGUGGACAUUGCUGACGACCUGCCGAAGUGGGAAGGCUUUGCAAACCGCUCCAAGCGGCUGGAUUGA